AUGUAUUGGAAUCCUUUCAUCCCUGGGCUUAUCUGGCUUGACCAUGUAUUCAAGGUUCACCUCAAAGUGUCAAAUAUCAUUACAAUAUUUACCAUUCUUUUCACAAUCCACUUUGACAUGGCUUUUGGAGGUCUUGGGAUGAAUAACUUCCAGACAGAGUUUAGAAACUCUGAAUGUAUUGAUUAUCAGGAUCACCCACUUGGAAUCUUCAAUACUCCAGAAAUUAUCAAUCAAAACAAACAAAUAUCAUCCAAUCAUAACAAUCAGAUGAUACCUCAUCACAAUCAAGUUGAACCUAAUCAUUGGGACUCAGAUAAUUUCAACCUUAACAGUAUUUCAAAUGAAUAUGGAAUUUCCCCAAACCAAGAGACUUCAAAAGAUUUAUCUCAUAUGGGACUGGAAAAACCAGAGCUUAGAGGAAACAAAAGAGGUUUCUCACCCAGCUCAAAUGGACGCACUGAUAAGCAUCAUCAUUCAGAUAUACUCAAUGGGGAAGAAUCUUCCGUGGACAUCUACAAUUCUAAAAACCUGGUAGAUCAUGGAAAUAUUUGGGGAAACAAACAACUCUACAAUCAUCCUGAACUUCCCAUACAUGAUACCAGGAGUUUAGGUACCCAAUACAAUUGGCAUGGAAUAUCAAAAGAAAACUCUCAGAGUCAGGGGUAUGAAACUGCCUACAUUUUGCAUGAAGACCCAUACAAAAAAGACAUCUUUGAGGAUUCUCGUGGGCUACCUACUGUUGAUUUUCCAGUUCAUCUAGAAAAUAUUAAUCACAGACUACCACAAACUUCAGGUUCAAACUUUCCCCUUGACAUAUUUCAUAAUCCAACAAAUAAAGAUGAUUGGGAAAUGAGUUUAAUUAAAAUACAUGAACCAAAUCAUGUAUACAAAGAUAUUUUAUCCUCCAGCAGAAAUCAGGAAGCACUACAUGAUUUAGAGGUGGGGGAUCUAUAUGGAAUUCAAGGACCACAGCUAUUUUUGCCUCAUAUACAUCCAGUUGAAAAUCACCCCUUUGGAAUUUGGAACCCAUCUUCCAUGAAUGAUGAUAUGCAUUUGGUUGGAAAUAUUGACUCACAUGGAGCCAUUGGGAAGAAAGACAGUGAUUUAGGAACAAUUCAUCCAACACCAGAAGCCCAUUCUCAUGACAAGCCAGUACUUUAUAAGGCUCAUGAAUAUCAUGAUUUGACCCAAGCCAAUCAGCAAGAGUUUGGAGGGAUUGAACCCUCUUUCAAAUUCCAAUCAGGAUUCAAAAGGAGAAGCUCAAAAGAAAAUGAUAAGGUUCCAAAGAAAUACUGUCCUACACAGGGUUCAAUAAUUCAGAACAAGCAUAUUGGAAUACUUGAAUCAGAAAUCCAACCACCAAAACAGUCACAAGAAUUCAUGAAUGAACCUCAAAGAAUUUCAACAGAUAUCAAUCAAAAUCCAUCAACUAGCACAAGGCUCUUGGAGAAUCCCAAUACUUACAGUGGUCAACCUGAUAAUCAUAUUGGCUCACCCACUUUUCCCUUGAAAGGUAUGGCAAAGAAGGAAAAGAGUGUCAAAGAAAGUUUUCCAGAGACUGAUGACCUUAAGGGUUGCAAGGACCUCUUACCAAAUUUGGUGAACCGUGUCCGCAAAUCAUCCAGUAUACCAUCAAUGUUUACAGUUGAUCCUAUUGUGGCUCCUUUUAUGAAGAAUCUUCAAGAAAGCUUUAUCAAGUUGAACUUCAAACAUAGGUGUAAAAGUGAAGAGUUUCAUCAAUCACUGAAAGCCAGACUUGAACAUUUAACACAUCAAUUUCUUUCACUACAAUUACAAACAACCCAGAAGAUUCAUCAACUUGAUCUUUCUGAAGAGAUUGUAAAUUCAACUUUACAAGAAGGUUAUGAAUGGUUGAUGAAGAUUUGGGGAAGUUUACCAGUUGAAAAAAUCUCAUUUAGUACAGAUCAAAGUAGGAAAUUAGCUCCAAAUAAAACCAAGACAUUUCAAGAUUUCUUACGUUUUAGAGUACAGAAUAUGGGUAUCUUUAGAACAUCACAAGUAAAAUUUUCAGCUUGGUUACUUUUCCAUUGGAUUCUUGAAUGUAAGAGGUCAUGGUAUGAUGUAUUGAGACUAAGAUCAAGUUAUGAAGAGGUUUUGAAUACAUCAACAGAGGGGUCUAUUGUGUUGUCUAGAUCCAUCCUUUACUUCCUUAAAAACUAG